CAUCUUGCUUCUUUUGCUUUUUGUUGAUGUAUGAAUACGACUUUUAUUAAGCAACGAUCAAUACACUUCUCUUUGCUUUCCUUCAGAGUCUAAUUACAGGAAGCAAGCAUGUUUAUCACCCCCACUCUUAGCAUCUCUUGCAUAACUUGUAUGCAGCAGGGGGAGGAAGGUAGCAAUAAGGAUCAUGAAUCGCAUGGGAAGAUAAGGCUCAACGGCUUCGUGCCGGAGAAUCCAUAUGGAGGAACCGGUGGAGGUCUUUGGGAUGAUGGUAUGUACCAUGGCGUAAGAGAAAUCGCUGUCACUUCUGGUUUAUGCAUCGACUCAAUUCGUGUGGCGUAUGAUAAAGAUGGUGAGCUUGUCACUGCUCAUAAGCAUGGAGGUGACGAAGGCGGCGCCAAUGCUCAGAUCAAGCUAGAGUAUCCAGAUGAGUUCCUAGUGAGUGUUAGUGGACAUUGUUUUGGGGCACCCUGGAUAGUUGGUGAUCCGGUGGUGAUACGGUCACUCAAAUUUGAGAGCAAUAGAAGAACAUUUGGACCAUUUGGAGUUGAAGUAGGCACACCUUUUACUUUCACAGUUGAAGAUGGAGGCCAAAUUGUUGGCAUGAAGGGAAGAAGUGGUUUGUACAUAGAUGCAAUUGGGUUUCACAUAUCCCAUGCCCCCAAAAGAAAACUCUUUCGGAGAGUUAAGGAGGGUCUUAAAAAGCUUUGGCCUUCAAAAGCUUAUGACAUCUUGAUUAAAAUCACCAAACCUCUUCAAAUUUUUCAAUGUACAUGUAUAAGCAUGUGAUGAAUAUUAAUUUCUUGUCAAGUGUAAAGUAAUUUGAUAUUGUACUUCCAUAUUGUACAUGAUGCUUUUCAAAAAUUAAAGUUUUGUUGAA